UUUUCAGUUCCUGUUUUUUGUUCAAAUUUCAAUCCCAUUUAAGGUUGUUGUGCAAUCGAAUCGUGUCCCAAACUGUUGUUGAAUUUUCCCCUUUUCCGAUGUAACUCUACUUUUCAAAUCGAUCGAUCGAUCAAUUUCUGAGCAACUUAAUUCUGCAGAGCCGUCGAUCGGAAUGACCCACGGCGCCGUCACCGCCGUCUACGACGCCGGUCUGGUGGUUCUGUCGAUUUUCGUGACGGUUUUUGCAGUGAUUUUGUUCUUCCUCUGCAAGAAGGAGAAGGAACCGCCCGCCGGCCGGGACGAGGAGGAGGGCCUGCCGGCGGCGAAGCAGGCGGCGGCGGCAUAUGCGUUGAUGGAAAUCGAAACCGCCACGGAUUCGUUCAACCACCGCCGGAUCAUCGGAAAAGGGCGCAUCGGCACCGUCUACGCCGCCGUGAUGCCGAAAGGCGAAGUCGCCGCCGUGAAGAGAAUCCACCCCCGCCUGGUGCUGAGCCACGCCGGCUUCGGGUUCUCGUCGGUCCUAAAGUGGCUGUCUUUGGCCGAUCAUCCCCACGUCGUUCCGAUCACCGGGUUUGCGGAGGCGCCGGGAGAGAGAAUAAUCGUGAUGGAAUUCGGGGGGAUGCUGAGCCUGGAUUUCUACCUCCACCAGAACCCCGACGGGGCGGCGCUGCUCGACUGGAGCCGCCGUCUGCGGAUAGCCGCCGGCGCAGCGCGUGGGCUCGAGUACCUCCACGACACGGCGGCGCCGCCGAUCAUCCACGGCUGCGUGAAGCCCUCCAACAUACUGAUCGACGUGAAGUUCUGCGCCAGGGUUUGCGACUACGGGCUCCAUUUUCUGGCGGCGAACGAGCGGCGCGGCCUGGCGGGGUACGUCGACGAAGAGUAUUGGAUGGACAAACAAUGCGGCGGCGGCGGAGGACAACCUGCGACAAAGGAAAGUGACGUGUACGGAUUCGGUGUGGUUCUGUUGGAACUGUUAAGCGGCAAGAGAAGCAAGGAAGGGGAGCUUGUUCGAUGGGCAUUGCCAUUGAUAAAAGGGAUGGAACUUAGGCAAGUUUUGGAUCCAAGUUUAGCCAUUCCGAGUGACGUGGGCCCACUUGGGAGAUUGGCAAGAGUUGCUUUGGCCUGCGUCGGGAAUUGUAGGAAGAACAGGCCAUCCAUGUCGCAGGUUGCUGCAAUUUUGUCGACUUUAGAAACUCAAACUGGGGGGAUCACUCUCACUUAGCUUCAUCAUCCCAUCAUCAUAUCUUAAUUAUAUAAAUAUGAUGUUGAUUAGGGUUCUUGAAUGGCAUUGCCACGUGUCGGGUACAUGAUCUUGAUAUGUUUAUGACUUAUGUGUCAGUGUAUAAUCAUCGUAUAUACAUACAAUACAAUACAAGCAAUAAUACUUUCAAGUGAAGAUUUAUUUGAGUAUGUUUGAAGCCAAGCUUGAA